GAGACGACUAUCAGCCUCAGUCACUCUGACGGCUAUCAGAUGCCCUCAUGGUGCGAUUUCACACCCAAGGUGACACUGGCAGCUACAUCAUUCCAUUUUGUGCAUGAAGGAAAAGGCAAGAAAGAGAUUACUGGGAGCAAGUUUUCCAUCAGCACCUCGGGCCCAUCUCCUCACUCCACUUCCAUGCCGAUGAGAGUGGAAUCUGUAACGACUGUGGGCCUUCAGCAUCGUUAACAUUUCCCCGACACCUCGGUCUGCCUCUCUUGGAGACUGCCCUGCAUUUUCUCCGCAGCGUCGAGGUUGUUGUAGCAACAAGUGGCCGAGGAGUGAAUGAAGCAGAUGUGCGAGUCAUCUAUCACCUGACAGCUCCCACUCCCCCGACUGAGCAAGUCAUCACUGUGACUGUCGGCCCAACCGGCCUCAUCAAUUACGCUGGUACCCUGCUAUUAGACCGCAAACACUUUUCUCUCUCUGACACAUUCAACCACUUCCCAGUCGGAGAAACGGGCCCCCAAUUAAGCUUGAAUAACUUUCCCCGCUCAAAGGACGUCUCUCUUCCUGUGGCUUGUUAUUGCUCACAUUGUACUUAUUGUCGCGGCUUCUAAAGUCGCCGUAUAUUUGGCCGUGUUUAUCCUUUACGAUAUGACUUCCCAAGUCGUCGGAUGAUGACACGAAUCACAAAAGGGCUUCCAUUAUUAAGUUUUAUGUUCAUUUGAAAAUGAAAGUAACAACUUUGGGUGUCAAUUAAUUACUAUUAAAAGGACUAUAAAUGUGAUUUAUGUGUGAACAUUUAAUCCAUCUGUAUUACGCUGUUGAAGGCAAAAAUUUGUUGGUCGAGAAUUGCACUUGCCACUACAAAUUAAAUGACACUGUGGAUGCCUUGGUUUGCAGGAAAUAGUGGCCUUAUAACAACCUAAAAUGAGUUCAAAACAUCUGACACAAAUGAAAUGAUCGAAGAGGAAAGCAGAUAGAAGAUAAAACGCUUGCAUUAAAUGGCACUCGAAUCCGAACCCACUUCCUCCUGAUUAAUCAUGAGGUUUAAUCUGUAUCAUUUAUGUUGGCCCAGGUCCCAAAACUGCAUUGACUCCACCCCAGUAAAAUUUAAGGAGCAGCUCACAUUGACUCAUGUGUUAUGUCGUAAUGACAUAGCUAUUACGUUCAUACAUGUAAUAAAUUAAAUAUAUUUGUGUAUCUAAUUUUUCACGCGCUCAAUGUUUUCUUCUUUGUAUUUCCCCUCACAGGAUGAUCUUUUUUUUUUUAUAUGAACACAACAAAUAGUCAUUCUUAGUGUAAUUCUGCUCUGUAUUCCAUCAGUAGUAUCAUUAAACACAGUAAACACAAAUGCAACUCUGGAAAACAUCCUUUACAGCUACGGCAGCGACAGCAGGGUCAACACAUGGUAUAAACAAGUCUCAGGGUCCUCGGUUGAAUAUCCACAAGAUAUAAAUAAGACAUUCAUAUAAAAAUAAGUUUUCACAAAAUAUACUCUAUAAACCGUUAUUUACCAAAAAUGGGGAAAAAAUGUGCCCAUGGUUUUUAUCAGUGAAUUAGACCAGUGGAGCUGAAUCAGCUUGAUGUCGGCAAUGCCAUUGAAGACGCUCAGCAGAGCGUUCAGUCUUCGACCUCGACGAAUGGAAAUCUCUAGACUAGCAGCAACAGAGAGAAGACUAACUCAUGAACAAGUCAGAGGUCAAUGCAAGUAGCUACAAAAUCGUUAUACAACAUAGCACAUUAGUUCAGGCAGUCUAGUGUGUUAACAGUGUUCACGACUCGAUUACAAAAAAAAAAAAAAAAAAAUCCCUUUUUAUUUUGGAAUUAUAACAGACAAAAUCAGUAGUUUGUUUUAUAAAAUAAAUUAAUAUUAAUUAUUUCCGUUGUCUAAAUAUGUUAAAUAUUCCAAAACGGCUGCACAGGACAUGAGAGCAUUCACCUGUGUUCCAAACCAUAAGCACAGGAAGUAGUUCAUAUAGCUUAAAGUUGGGACACACUUUUUUGCCCUGUGGUACCCCAGUCCUGCGUGUAAGGAUGCUUUUCUUUUCCAGUGUUUUGUUGCAGCACCCUGACAAGUUGAAGAGGUUUUUGUGCAAAAAGAUUCAAUAUUCUUGAGCUCUCUGUGUACACUUUAGAGGAGAUCCUCAUUCGUUCCAGGUGGUCCAUUAAAAAUAAUACAUCCUCUCCCAUACACGAAUAAAUAAUCUCAUUUGCAGGUGUACACCUCUGUCCUCUCGCUGCACGUGUUGCACUUGACGUAACAGCACCAAAGAAACUUGCAGUUGCACUGCCACACUCUGGAGUACUGAUGUGUGUUGUAUCCUCGACCGCAGCACAUCAAGUCACAGCCGCUCGUGUGCUGUAUCAUGGACUUGUUACACACCCGACCCUGCGUGCCCAGGCUCCCCGUCAAGGGGUCCGCCUCGCAGUAGUUGGGCGACUUGUCUAUGUAUACCAGGUCUGUAUCCAUGGGCUUUCGGUAUGAGUAAGGCUUCUUGAUCUUGAGGAAUUUAGGACGCUUGUUGCGGCUGGCUUUGACUGGCUCCACAUGCACAGCGUGGGCAUAUUUCUCCUUGAGAAUGUAGCCCAGCUCGCGGAACUUGGGAAGUGUAGUCCAGCAGGUUUUGGUGGUGCAGGAACCGGAGACGCCAUGACACUUGCAUUCCAGCCGCAUGUUCUUCUCCAGCACCUACAGACAAAAACAACUUCAGUCACGUAAUAGCAGCCAGUGAAAGCAAACACGCUCCACUGAUGACAGAGAGACUUUCGCCUCGACAUAAAUGACAAGCAAAAGAUUAAAAACAAUGCUGAAUGUUUAUUCUUAUUAUUUACUAGCAUAAGUAUCAAACGGCUGCUUAUACUAUUAGCAUUGUAUAGUACUGCGCUAACACAAUAGCUAGCAUUGUGUUUAAUGCUUCACAUAUUCAACACAAUCUCUGGCUUAUUUCUUCAGAAGUGUGUUGGUAGUGUGCUCCAGAAGAAACACUCUAAGCACAAUGAUCGACGCCUUUCAAAAAACAAGAUUGUGCCAUUUCAAAUCUCACAGUUGACUUUAAAAUCACAACAAUGCAGCCUUUAAUCAAACCGUAGCUAGUUGUUGAAGAUUAAAAGCAGCGCCUUCACAAUGCUGUGUGAUACCGUCCACACAGAAGCCAAAUUAUGUAUCAGAUUUCAGGCUCUGUGUGUGUAGCUACCACACACAACACACAAAUGUCAAGAGCGACUGUACAAGGUGCAGAGUGACUGGGAUUAAUGCUAAACCCUAAACCGAUGACAAUGAGAAGUGCCAUUGACUGAGCCUGGAAUUUUCAUUUACCUACAAGGUCAAACACAGUUUCCUUUUUGUAAAACACUCACAAGAAGCAUUCUCCCGGAGCCAGACACAUGUUAUUUAUGCCCUUUGGCAAGCAGACGGCACCAAUAAAACCUGGAUAAAUAUGUGCGAUUUAAGAAAACUUCUUUCACGCGACUACACAGCUUGAUGAAACCUUUGGUUCGCUCGCUCUAAUCCAUCAGUUGCUCUGUGACCAACGUUUGUGACAGCCUUUGUCUGGACGUCUUGGACUCGGCCGAUGUGAAUCGCGCUCCGGCUCAGUGUCAGCGCUUUUGAUUAGCAUAAAUAAGGAAGAGGGGAGGCCAUCAAAACAGACUGCCCAUUUGGGCAAUAGAGAAGAAAUCAAGUGCGAGUAUCGUGAUUUCCUGGUUGACAAUUUAGCUGUCCAGAUAAGCCAAUUCAAUUGAUGAUCUUAAAUCGCAUUCAGAAAAAUGAUCUUGGAACUCUAUUGUACGUGGGGUCUUUCAGCCGGAGAAGGGAUGGACGUGUGGGUUGUGUGAAUCAGGCUUUUUUGGCAAGAGGACACAGAGAGUGAGAGAGUGGAUAACAGCUAACUUGAGCAAAAGCUGCUGCUCCUUUGUUUGCCGAGUUGAACCUCACUUGGCACACUAUUGCACUCAGUGUUUGACCUGUAGACCCACUGGAGUCUGUUGGUCGCCGUGCUCGGUUCAUGUAUCCCGAACAGAAACAGAACUCAGACCCACUGGUCUUGUUGCACCUGGAUGUAUUGGAAGUAUGCAAAUAUAAACCAUAUGUACUGUUCUAUGAUAAAUAUGUAUUUUCUAGUUGAGAGGAAGAGCCCAAAAAGCAGUCUUUUUUUUGGAAUACCUGUUAUGUGAAGCUCCUCUUUCAGUGUAGUCAGUUUGUGGCUGGGGAUUGAAACGUGUAAAACGUCAUGAGCAGCUAACUGGUGUCUCUGUGACAAGUGGUGUCACAAGUGGGAUGCGAACGAAGAUAUUUCUUUGGUCUAUUUAAACCUGAGUCAAGACAAAUUGCUCCACUCCCACUUCACUUCUCAAUUCAAAUCACAACAGUUUCUCUUCAACCGCAAAGCAAACAAAUGCCUAUUGUCUCCAGACGUGGGCCAAGAAAUUCCAGGUUUAUUUUGAUACUGGUUGUAGCAGGGCUGCUCUAAUGUCUUUUGGUACAGUGUCAAUCUGUUUUCUGGCUGAUCUAGGUUGUAAUCAAACCUUAGCACUUAGAAAGAUUCUUUCACUAAAAGCAGCCCUAUUAUUUGCCUGCUUGUUCACGCUUGGCUGCACCGCGUCGAUCCUUGGCAGGGUUCGCCCAUUUUACAUCCUGGCACAGGUGUUGUGUCCCGGGAUUAGCUGACAGCAGCUCAACUACAUGUUUGAUUACUGAACCAAUAAUUUGGAAAAGGGAGGCGUCCAGUGAUCUACUCAGUGUACCGAUUCAGAACCAGCAGUGGAGAGCUCAGGUUCUAUUUGCUAGCUCCUUCUUUGUCUCCGCCCAAGUGACCCGUCUCUUUGUGCACAUGCGGAUUGACAGUCAAGUGGUUCUUUUCAGGAAGCAAGUGUGACCAAGUCUCCUGUUACAUUUACAUAAUGUAAAUAUCGAAUCAUCUAAAUAGUCUACUGUGAUCAAUAAACUCUUUGUAUUGAUCAGAACUUGCGGAUGAUGGGCCAUGCAAUAUCAUGGCUGUGACUGGAUUUGGCCUUCAGUUUGGUAUAAUAUUUUAUACCUUACUGGAGAACUUGAGAAGAUAUUGACUGAAGCUAUAUAAAAGAAAGUGUUUUACCUUUCGUCCCACUUCAUUAUUGUGGAGGUUCAUGAGCGUCCUUGCGUUCUGCUUGACCUCCCGAGCAUCGAUAAAUACUUUGGAGAAGCCAAGGCCGUAGCUGAUAUCUGCAGAGCAUCCACCCCACUUCCAUCCUUGGCCUUUACUGUAGAAUCCCUGCUUCUCCUUGUCACAGCUGCAAUCGCUCAGGUUUCCCUGAGUGCAAGCGGCUGUGAUGGCGUGGGCCACCCCUGCGGCGAUGAUGGCGUACGUGAACGCCGCCUCUUUACUUCCUGCAGGGGCACAGAAAAGAGUGAACUGUAAUAUCGCAUGGAUGUUUUUCAAUGAACAGUAUCACCUACAUGGCAGGGCUUAUCUAUUAACCAUCAUCCUCUUACUGACACGUCAGUCAUGAGUGUUUUGAAACAUGACCCGGUUACUGUCCCGCCCGUGAACCAAAAUGGCAGCCAGGUGGUUUGGUAAACAGAGCCGCAUGAAUAAGAGGGUUGUCAAGAGGGAAAGCUAUUGAUCCACUUCUGACAGGUGUAAACUUAUAAGGCACUGACAUCAGAAUCUUCAUCCUGACGUUAUCUCCACCGACUCCAGCUCACAAAUCAUUUACACACACGGAAAUAUUGACAAUUAACUAAAGAUUAAUCAGACCCGGGACACAGUCUGAGCUGCGGCUUUAAUGGCACAUGGCGAAGAAAGCCGCGAGUCACGAAGGCCACUAACAGGUCUCAUUAUAAAAUACAUUUCCCAUAGCAAAUUUGCAUAACAUGUUUUAAAAUGUAGCUCAUGCCAAUAUCCUGAUUUCACGACACAUCAACAUUAGAUUCUUCACUCUGUCUCUCUUAUGGAAUCUUGCUGCCUUGCUGCCACCCAGAUGUCAGUGUUGGCACAUCUUCGAUAAACAUCUUGAAUCUCAGCGCUCAUAUUGAGGCGUAAAUUAUGUUGACAUUUUCACAGAGCUGAUGGGCCUUCAGCCAAAAAAGAAGGCGUGCCAGAACAGUCAGCCAGUUAAUUUUUCUUCAGCACAUUAUGUCCACAUGUUCAACGAAAAUCUGUGUGCAAGAUAAUAUUGACGCUCCUAUUAACAAAAAAGUUGAAUGAAAUUGAUGUUCACUGCGCUGUUUUUUUUUUCAUUCUUGCAUUAAAUACUGAAGUUAAAGGUGUGAGGUUUAAAGUCAGUAUGUGGUUCAGAAGUGAAUAGACAAUUUGAGUGCAGUUAAAAUGAGUGAAAAAAGUACCAUAAAAGCAACAAAACAGUAUCGUUGUCUUGUCACCAGAGUGAACCUCCAUUGAUGAAGCUCAACCCUGGACCUUAAAAUAUACCUUUUAACGCUGUUUUAGUUAGGAUUCCCCACCACUCAUCAACAAUAGCUCUCAUUUACCCCCAGUUGGCUUCUCCGCUAAUCUGAUCAGUGAAACCAAUCUAUUCGGUACGGCUGUCGGCUCCACAGAGCCCACUCCAGGACACAAAACCCGGCCCCUUGAUGUGCGAGAGCCACUCGUUCACCCAAAGGAACAGGUUGUCAAACACCAGAGUUUUCAUUUUGACAGCAUGAAGAGAUUAUCCUUUCUGUGAGGACGGCCUCACACAGCUGGUCCAAGCUCCUGACCAUUGUGUUCAAGGCUAUCGAAGAGGUUUUGUUGGGGCUCAAUGGCUCAAGCUGUUUUCACCUCGCUUUUCACUAUCCAAUUCUGUUGACUGAUGCAAUAGGAGAGCAAUAACACGUAAGUAAUAAUGAUAAAUGUGCCAUUUAUAUUUGACCUGGUUCUGCAAAAGAGUUGUUGGAGAUUGAGAUGUUGCUUUUCAUGUCUUGGUUCACACAGUGAAAUGAACAUUUCAAGAACAUUAAGUGCUCCAAUUUGGCCUGUAUGAUCCAUUUUUAUUCAGGACCAGGGUUAUUUUCAGGUUUAUUAACAUCCUUAGGAAGUCACAACACAAAGUUUGAUCUCGUCUGUGACUAAAGUUGGGAGGUUGUUGUCAAUCCCAACUUUGCGACCAAGCUGAUGAGUACGUCCCUUUAGAAAACCCCUUGAAUGAAUGACGCAUUAUUCUUUGAAAGAGAGUCUGCUGUGAUAAGUAUUUAUUAAAAAUGCAUUAAAAACUCAAAGAGAAAAAGACUUUCUUUUUCAGUGUGAAUAUUUUUUUUCAAUAAUGAAUCAAACUCUUCACCUUACUAAGACAACAAAUGAGUAACAAUUUAUUUGGCUAUCCAGUGGGUUUGGAUGCCAAGAUGAGUGUGAACACAGGAGCAACUUAUUCAUAAUCCUAAUUUAACCGUUUGAAUUUGGCUCCCGGCUCUUCCUGCGCUGUAACUUAUACCCGUGGUAAGCUCCACAUCCUUACAGUGGGAGCCACAGCACACAUCACCAUGCAGAAUAAAGAGCAGUGAAAAUGUGUCUCCUGAGAGCCUGCUGGCCUGAAAGGAGAGGGUGCCAACAUUCACGAAGCUUUGUUCAACCACCGGCUUCAGAUGGCGCUCGGAAACACUCUCAAUGAGUCUCCAGCAAAACUCAUGAGAGCCACACUGGACUCAUGAGAUGCUCGGUUAACUCUUGGGGGGGCUUUUGUUCAUGAGGUCAUACUGUCUUCAUCACGUGAUUCAUUCUAAGUGUGAUAAUAUUUGUUUGAUUUUUAAGUCUCUAUUUGCAGUUAUGUCAUUAUAUUUAGGGUUUAUUUACCUUGUAAAUGUUAGCGUUGUGCUUUCGUUUUCAAGGGCACUGUUUUUCUCUGCUUGGAAUAUUUAAACUUGUCUCAGAACAAGCAAGAAUAAGCACGUUUUUGAGUCUUUAACAAUGAAAAUUGAAAGAAAAAUGACUUAAAUGACUUGCAUAUUUUGUGUUGCAAAUAUUUCUGUAAAGUAUUGGCAGUUUAAAAUGAUAUCUUACUGUAGCAGUUUCAAAUUUCAUUAAAAUGCAUGAAUGAACGUGCAGAGAGGAGUUCGGAGAUCGGGUUCUGAAGAAAUUACUGUCAUUAAAAUGUUCUGUUGUUAUUAUUUACAGGAAUAGGAAAGGUUCAUUUCAUUGAUUCAUUUGCGUUGUUCAUGAAUGAAGAACGAUGAGAAGUUGUUUUUUGUUUUCAAGUAAACAGAAAGUGGAAUUUAAACAGAUAUAAAAUACAUAAACUUGGAAAAAUAUUUACGAUUCUUUGAUCACAAAGUUAGUAAUUGAAUAUAUAAAUGUUAAAUAAAUGUUUCAUUGUGUUGACGAUCAUCAGAAUCCGUUUACAUUUUUAGACAUAUACGGUACAAAACAACUUGAGAUCUGAAACUACAAUGAAAAGAUGCUGAACAUUAAGUGUUAGCGAUGAUGGAUAGUCAGAGAGCAACAUACCCACUUUCAACUCUUUUCCGAAGACUGUCCUCUCUCCCAGCGCAGAGCAGUUCCAGCGGCCGUUUUUAAACUGGAACUGACACUCGUUGAUGCCCAUUUGCGCUCCUUCUCCGAUGACGAUAAUGGCAUCGGGGCGACUCUGGCAGAUUAUCCGCUGUCUAGGAGCCAAUCCAGGGAUCUUGUUACAGAUUAUACUCGCACCCAGGGCCACCACCGAGGAGAAGCCACUGCGGAUACAAGAAUGGAAGUGACUUUAAAAAUGAUAUUUUUUAGAAACGAAUAAUUAAUAAUGUAUAGUCAUGAUAAUCUCAACCUCGAUUCGACAUUUCCACUUGUUAUAUUCCUCGUUAAUUUCAUUGUUAGGGAGAAAAUAAACUGGCUAAAUUAUUAUUUUGUAUUUAAUCCAAAGAGGUGGCGCUACUUGAGGAAAAAAAAAGUUGGCGCAACUAAUUCGCUGCUUUCAGAGCACAAGCGUAUCUCACCCGAUUUUCAGAUAGACGAUCCCCAGACAUAGUAAAACUCUUAAAAUCCAGCGUCGCGUUCUCCGACUCAUCGCGGCCUCUUCUUUCUCAGGUUCAUGCAACGAUCGCUGAUGAGGAACUGGCUCUCCGAUCGGUCACAGCAGCUCAGGAGCCGUGGUUCUGCCAAGCAAGAAUCCCGCCAGGACUGGAACGAUGCGGCAGAGACGCCAUGGAUAUGGAGGAGGAUGUGCCUGCAACGCUGGAGUUUCUGUUACCUCGCUGUGUCGGGGGACAAACAGACAGCACCCUCAUGGAAGAAGUACUACCUACAGCGCAAACGCUUGGAAACGAAUAUGAGUGAAGGUCGUUCUGGAAAUUACACCUGCAAAAGUCUAAGAGGACAUACAGGGCGUGUGGUGGGACUAGUUUACAUCAACAGAAAUUCUCCACUCUGUCCUGACCUGUGGAACCCCAGGGUGACUGUGUGCAGCGCCUCCAGUGAUGGAACAAUCCGAGCUUGGGACAUCCAAAAUGGGGAGCAGCUGUGGUCCAGUCCUGAGCAAAACCCCCUCACAACCAUCAUAAGUGACGAAGACAAUCAAGUCAUUGUCACUGCGGACUCUUCAGGAUUGAUAAAAACCUGGCAGGCAGAGACAGGCCAGGAGGUUUCUUCUUACUCCACCGCAUCUUCUUACUGUUCUGUGCAACAGUACAACAUUGACAACAAUUGGUUUCUUUCUGUGGGAACUGCUAUGGGAUCAGUGUGGACUCUAGCUGGUCCAGCCCUGACUAAAACAUCGCAAGUGAUGGUGUGUGACAGCUUUAAAGUCAACAUGCUGCUUGUUUCUCCAGAUAAGAAAUGGGUUGUUGCAGGAACAAAGGACAGUGAUGAUCUCAGUGCCAAGGUGAUUUACUCUGAGAGUGUGACCUCCCCCACUGAAGAUGAAGAUCCCCUUUGUGCAUCAGUGCCAGUCAUUGGCUGCCACGCUGCAGUCUUCAUCCCCACCCAGCCUGCACGCCUGGCCAUUGUUCACUGCACGCUGGCGUCCACCAACAAAUCCAUAUCUGUUUUGGAUUUCAACAUUAAAAAGAGUCGCUACAAGAAAGAGAUUUUGGUCCAGCAGGUGGAGUCCUUCCCUCUGUCAAUAUCUGGCAGCUCUUCCGGCAUCCACCUGGCUGCAAAGGACAGCAACUCUAUUGUGUUGGCAUCCGGACAACAGCUUUUGGUUUACUCCCUAAAGGGGGUUCUACUCUCAAGCUUUAAAGAUCACAUUCUGCCAAUAACUUCCAUAUGUGUGGAUAGCUUCCGUGUGGUGACAGCAUCUGAAGAUCUCUCCUUACGAGUGCUGACAUGGAGAAGAAACCAGGAUGGUGGGUUGACUUUGGAGGGCAAAUAUCAUCUGCUGGGAGGUUCUCACAACAUGUCAAGAGGCUUCAGACAUGUCUCCUGUGACUACUCCAGUAUUGUGGCUUCGGUCGAGGGCAAGAAUGGCAAAGAUGUCUUAAAGGCAUAUGCAUUUACAUCAUGAGGAGCAGAGGCCUGCUUAUGUGUGUGCAGCUGUAGAUGUGUGGGCAAUAUGGUGCAGGUAUGAAUAUAUUUAUGGCGCUUUUAAACCUGCAUAACAGAGGUAUCAGUCUUUAUUUCAAUCAUGUAUAAGGCAACAUCAUUCACAAAAUGUACUGAUCAUAUGUUCUUCAUUGACAAUAAAGUGGAAAUGGUGGUUUGUAACAAGACUACAGGUCUUAGUUAUUUUUUUAUGUUGAACAAGGCACAGAGGGAUUGUUUUCAUCUAUGACAAAGAGAAUGGUGAUGGCAGUGGCUCAGCUCUGCUGUCUUCCAGACUCUUGGCCAUGUUUUCCAGCACACAUCUGAAGACUGAAGUCAACGAGUCGUAAAGUUUUCUUCUGUCCUCCGAGCUCUUGUCCAGCUGUUUAAAAAGAGAAACCCAUUCAAUAUUUUGAAUAUUAUUCUGUUUAAUGUGCCAGGAAUUGUCACUAUAAGAAUUGAAUGCGAGUUAUUGAAUUGAGGUUAUACAUUUUGGAAGACAAACUUAGG